GAGAGAGAAAAAGGAAAAGAAUAAAAUGGAUAAAUACUUGAACAAAUUGUUUUAAGUAAUACUUAUUAUUUUGUCAUAAGAAGAAGAAGAAGAAAAAGUUAUAUGUAAAAUGCAUCUUGAAAUUCAAAUUAUAUGUAUUUUUUAAUGUUAUUAAAUUGAUAGAAUUGAAAAAAAUGAAAGCAGCAAAAGCAAUGCCGGGAAAAAUGGUAAGGAGAGAGAAAUUAAUGUUUUUGAUGAAGGAACAGAUGAAUGUUAUGUUCAUGGAGAUAAGAGCUACUACUAUUUUUUCUUCUUCUUUUUCUACUUCAUUAGUACUCUUCCUUUUUCUCCUUUUUAUUCUUAUUCUCUUUGUUCUUUAAUUUCAUCAGCUCACAUAAAUCUUUGUGUUUAAAAAAAAAGAUUUAAUUUUCAUAACCUAAAGUUUUUAUAUUUGUGUUUCUUGAUCUAAGUUGAAAAAGAUUUAAUUUUUCAUUUACUUAGGUUUAGACUUGUGUUUCUUGAUCUGGGAUUGUGUUAAUUUACUCUGAAGUUGAAAAAGAUUCAAUUUUUAAUUACCUAAAGCCUUUUUACUUGUGUUUCUUGAUCUGGGGUUCUAUUGUUUUACAUUGAAGUUCAGAAAGAAUUCAAUUUUCAAUUACUUGAAAGUGUUUACAAUUGUGUUCCUUGAUCUGGGGUUCUCUUGUUUUACAUUGAAGUUGAAAAAAGUUUCUUGCUUUUUUAGAUGGGAUUGUUUAUUUAUCUCUAGAUAUUGCUAAUCUGGGGUUUUGAUAGUUUUAGCUGUUUAAUGAGUGUUUCUCAGUAGUUGUUUUGUUCUGAGCUCUGGAUCUGAUCUUGAUUGUUAUGAAAAAUUUGAUCUUGGGAUCAAAUCUUGAUGAUUCUGGGAUUGGCUGAGUUGGGUUUUUAGGUUUUGAGUCAACAGAUUGGUCAAAAAGUUUCAGCCUUUUUGUUGUCACAAGUUUCAAGCUUUUUUUGGUUGUAGAUAUAUUCAAAUUUGGUGUGAAGUAAAUUGUUGUAAUCUGUUGUCCCCUUCUGGAUAUUUAGUGAUUUCUGAGGGGAAAUCUUACUUGUCUUUUGUUUCUCUAGUUCUUUAUGAGGAACCUUACUCAUUGUUAAAGGAAAAAAAACACUAAAUAUAACUUUGAAUCCACUAAUUUUAUUGUGGGUUAUAGUUUUGAUAGAGUUUCUUCUUUUUAACACCAAGAAAUCCGAUUACACAAACAUUAGAUUAGGAUAAGAAUUAAGAGUUGCAGACUUGUCUAAUUGAGGCAAAAACUUGUUGAGUUGACUGCUGGUCUAUGGGAGUACCAGAUAGUUCUCUACUGGAUUUGAUAGAGAAAGUUAGGUCUUGGAUAUCGUGGGGUAAAAGUGAUCGAACUUCAUUGGCUGGUGGACGCGAUAUGGAUGUUGAAAGUUGCAAAACCUGUUGUGAAUGCAAGGUGAAGUUUACUGAUUCUUGCCUCAAGUUCCAGUGCCCAAGUUGCAGUCGAGUAUUCUGUAGGGAUUGUGUUGUGCACAUUUUUGGAUCUGAUGAUGUUGUUGCAUCUGGAUCGGGAGAAUCCGGAAGCAUGGCCAGGGCUGUGGUCGAUAUCAAGACUUGCAAAUUUUGUUCAGACCUAAGCAAUUGUCAUAAAAGCACAAGGAAGUUUUGCGACAAAGUUUAUCCUUCUGAAUCUCCCAGGGAAAGCCCAGAACCGCCGUCACCAAGUCUCAGUAGUGACAUGUUUGAUGGUGAUUCUACCCAUGAUGCAAGUAAGAGUAGUUUUACAGCCUUUUCAAGUCAUCCAUCUCCGGUGUCUUUGCAUCACUCGCCUAGCAGGAGUGAUGAAGAUGAAGGAGCGGGCUUCACAAAUCAAUCUUUUAGCCCAUCAAGUGAUUUUUGUCAUGAUACUUCUGAUUUAGAAUCAAGUAGUGUUAGUGCUAGACAUAAAUUUUACCAUCUCAGAUCAUUUGGAUCCAGUCCUUCACACAGCCCCUCUAGGAUUCGUUUUACUUCCAAUAGAGUUGGGCAUUCUGUUCAGGACCAACACGAGACUCCAAGAUCUCAGAACAAUGGUCCCUUUGAUCAAGAAACCUUGGUUGUUUUAGGAAGGCUUGAGAAAGGGAAUGAGGAUCCUGAUGACUCUGACAAUUUGUCUGUUUACCGAGACCAGUUAGAGAAGCAGCAAAAGCCAUUGGAUUUUGAAAACAAUGGUCGUAUGUGGUUUCCUCCUCCACCUGAUGAUGAAGAUGACGAGACACAAAAUAAUUUCUUCACAUAUGACGAUGAUGAUGAUGAAAUUGGAGAGACAGGUGCUACAUUCUCUUCAAGUGGGAGCCUUUCCAGUAUUUUCCCUGCAAAGGAUAAACAACAGUCGAAUCACAAGGAACCAUUACAAGCUGUUGUACAUGGUCAUUUCAGGGCUCUCGUCUUGCAGCUAUUGCAAGGAGAAGAUAUACAUUCUGGGAAAGAAAGCGCCGCUGAUGACUGGAUUGACAUAGUUACAUCACUAGCAUGGCAAGCUGCAAACUAUGUGAAGCCCGAUACUAGUAAAGGAGGCAGCAUGGAUCCAGUUGAUUAUGUCAAGGUUAAGUGCAUAGCUUCAGGAACCCGAAGUGAAAGCACCCUCGUUAAAGGAGUAGUUUGUACUAAGAAUAUCAAACACAAGCGCAUGACUUCACAGUACAAAAAUGCUCGAUUACUUAUCUUAGGAGGAGCACUUGAGUACCAAAGAGCUGCCAAUCAGUUGGCAUCUUUUGACACCUUAUUGCAACAGGAAAAGGAGCAGCUCAAGAUGAUUGUUUCAAGAAUAGAGGCCCAUCAUCCUAAUGUGCUACUUGUGGAGAAAAGUGUGUCUUCAUAUGCUCAGGAGCUUCUAUUGGCAAAAGAGAUCUCUUUGGUGUUAAAUGUUAAGGCUCCACUGCUUGAGCGCGUAUCCAGAUGUACUGGUGCUCUAAUAACCCCAUCCAUUGAUAACAUAGCCACAACAAGAUUGGGACAUUGUGAGCUCUUCCACUUAGAAAAGGUCUCUGAAGAGCAUGAACAUGCUAACCAGUUGAACAAGAAGCCAUCAAAAACUUUGAUGUUUUUUGAUGGUUGUGCCAGGCGUUUAGGUUGCACGGUCUUGUUGAGGGGCUCAUGUCGUGAAGAGCUCAAGAAGCUGAAGAAGGUCGUUCAGUAUGCUGUAUUUGCUGCAUAUCAUCUAUCUCUUGAGACAUCGUUUCUUGCUGAUGAGGGUGCUAGUCUACCUAAAGUGCCUGCAGCCACCUCAAUUGCUAUACCAGAGAGGACAUUUGCUGAUCAUGCUAUCUCAGUGAUUUCUCAAUCUUCCAUGCCUGCAAGAUCGCAGACAGUUGCUAAUGACCCACAUGUUCAAGUAGGAUCCAACUUCAACGUGGAGGCAGUUUUACCAGAGUCAUUGUUGGAGUAUCACUACCCUCAAUGUGGUGAUCAAUCUAACCUAGAUGACUGUGGAGCAAGAGAUGUUCUCACUAUUGCAGAUCGUGAAAAUCUAGCACUGGUUUUGGCGCAUGAUCCAAGACCUGUUGGUUCUGUUGAAAUUGAAGAUCAAACUAAUGAAGGAUCGUUAGAAACCUCAGGUCAAGAAGAGAGUCAACCCACAGAAAUAGGAGAGCUAUCAAAGCUUGAAAGAUCAGAUGAAACCAAAGCCUCCAAUGAAGUCUAUUCAGCUGCUGACAAUCGUCAAAGCAUAUUAGUGUCCUUCUCUAGUCGAUGUGUUCUAAAUGGAACAGUAUGUGUACGUUCUCGGCUCCUUCGCAUCAAGUUUUAUGGCUCCUUCGAUAAGCCACUUGGCCGGUAUCUUCUGGAUGAUCUUUUUGGUCAGAUGUCGUCCUGUCAAUCGUGCAAGGAGCCAGCUGAGGCUCAUGUCAUCUGUUAUACACACCAGCAGGCGAAUCUUACCAUAAACGUUAGACGUCUUCCGUUGGUGAAUUCUCUUCCUGGUGAACGGGACAAAAAGAUUUGGAUGUGGCAUCGAUGCCUUAAGUGUGCACAAAUAGGAGGAGUUCCACCAGCGACUCGCAGAGUAAUAAUGUCAGAUGCUGCUUGGGGACUUUCAUUUGGGAAGUUCUUGGAACUUAGUUUUUCAAAUCAUGCAACUGCUAAUCGUGUUGCUAGCUGUGGUCAUUCUCUGCAAAGAGACUGCCUCCGAUACUAUGGGUGUGGAAGUAUGGUUGCAUUCUUCCGUUAUUCUCCUAUUGAUAUUCUGUCAGUUCGUCUGCCCCCAUUAACUCUUGAAUUUUGUGGCUACACAGAGCAGGAGUGGUUAAGGAAAGAAGCAGCUGAGUUACUGUGUAAAGCCAAGGCUUUGUAUGCGGAAAUAUCAAGUGCCUUCCGCAGGAUUGAAGACAAAAGUUACUCUUUAGAACGUGAACCAUCUGAUACAACUCAAUUGCAUGACUGCAUUUUGGAGUUAAAAGACCUGCUUAUGAAGGAAAAGAACGAUUACCAAGACUUCCUGCAGCUGGAUGAUGAUGAAACAUUUGACCCAAGACAGGGAUCAAUAGACAUUCUUGAGCUGAAUCGCUUGAGGCAUUCCCUUGUGAUUGCUUCACAUGUUUGGGAUCGUCGACUUUUGUCCAUCAAGUCCUUCCUCCAAAAGAGUUCUGGUUCAGUGGGUUCAGAGGAUUGUGGAUCUUGUAAUGAGCUGAUAGACUGGAGAAGGGACAUGUUUCUAAAGAAUGAGACUCUUGAACAUGUUUAUGAAGAGUCUCUGCCUGAGUUCUCAGACUCAGAGGAAUAUCAAGAAAAAGCUUUGCAGUCCGAACAGGAGGGAACUGGCGUAUCACCUUAUGGUUCUGGUGAGCUAGAAAGCUCCAUACUAACCGCAUCUGAGAGUGAGAGAAUGCAGGAAAUGCAGAUGGAAGUAGAGAAUGCAUUUACUAAAACAUCCUUGGAACGAGCUCCUUCAGCUGCAUCAGUCCUUUCUGAUCAGAUAGAUUUUGCUUGGUCUGGCACUGAUCGUUCUCCCAAAAAAGCUCAGUUGCUACAAGGAGAUGGAUCUGAAGCUGCUCCUCUCAGACAACCAAGUCAUCUUGAUUUGCCUUCUCUUAGAAGGAUAAGGUUACCUGCAAGAGUUCACUCCUUCGAUUCUGCUAUGAGACUUCAAGACAGAAUCAGGAAGGGGCUACCACCUUCUUCAUUGCAUCUAUCAUCAAUUAGGUCUUUUCAUGCUUCUGGAGACUACAAGAAUAUGAUCAGAGAUCCUGUCUCCAGUGUUCAGAGAACUUAUUCACAGAUGUCACCCAGUGAGGCUCACAAGUUUAAUCUCCUAAUGGGUUCCCCGCCUUUGUUUAUUUCUUAUGCAUCUCUUAUACCUGAUGGAUCUAGGUUGAUGGUUCCACACAAUGGUCACAGAGAUGUUGUUCUAGCUGUUUAUGACAAUGAACCUACUAGCGUUAUAUCUUAUGCACUUUGUUCGAAAGUGUAUAAUGACUGGGUCACUGAUAAGUCGACCGUGUCUGAACGGAGUUGGAUCACAAGUGACACCAACAAGGAAUCUGGAGUGGCAGCUAGCCUUUCGGCAUGGCAGUCUUUUGGCUCUCUAGACAUGGAUUAUAUCCAUUAUGGGAGCUAUGGUUCUGAAGAUGCUUCCAGUACAAUUACUUCCCUCUUUACAGAUUCAAAAAGUUCUCCUCACCUAAGGAUCUCUUUCGAUGACGAAUCUUCGAGUAGUGGGGGAAAGGUGAAAUUUUCAGUCACUUGUUACUUUGCAAAGCAGUUUGAUGCUCUUAGAAGGAAGUGCUGUCCUGAUGAAUUGGAUUUUGUACGUUCCUUAAGCCGUUGUAAAAGAUGGAGUGCCCAGGGGGGAAAGAGCAAUGUUUACUUUGCCAAGUCGUUGGAUGAAAGAUUCAUAAUUAAACAAGUUCAGAAAACUGAGUUGGAUUCUUUUGAAGAAUUUGCACCAGAGUACUUCAAAUAUUUAACACAUUCUAUUAACUCGCGGAGUCCAACUUGUCUUGCAAAAAUUCUUGGGAUAUUCCAGGUUUCGGUCAAACACUUAAAAGGAGGCAGGGAAACAAAAAUGGAUUUAAUUGUGAUGGAGAAUCUCUUUUUUGAAAGAAAGAUUUCGAGGGUCUAUGAUCUCAAGGGUUCUCUACGAUCCCGCUACAAUGCAGAUACAACUGGUGCAAACAAAGUGUUGCUGGAUAUGAAUCUUUUAGAAACAUUGCAUACCAAACCCAUAUUUCUUGGAGGCAAAGCCAAAAGAAGCCUCGAGCGAGCUGUUUGGAAUGAUACAUCCUUUUUGGCAUCUGUUGACGUGAUGGACUAUUCAUUGCUGGUCGGGGUGGAUGAAGAACGAAAAGAACUAGUCUUGGGGAUCAUAGACUUCAUGAGGCAAUAUACUUGGGACAAGCACUUAGAGACAUGGGUGAAGGCAUCCGGCAUACUUGGAGGACCAAAGAACGCGUCACCAACUAUCGUUUCUCCAAAACAAUACAAGAAAAGAUUCAGAAAAGCGAUGACUACCUAUUUUCUCACAGUACCAGAUCAAUGGUCAUCUUGAACAAUCUUGGAUUUAUUAUCUAUUCAUUCUUAUAGAGCCUUCUGUCAAUAAGCAUACCUUUCCUAAUUGCACAAAAUUUUGCAGAUGAAGGAAAGGUUAGAUAUUUUCCAGUUGGUUCAUAUUUGUUUUGCCAUCUGGGAUUCAAAGGGUAUGAGAAAAGUAGGGGCUGUUAUCUUUAUUAAUUAAAAUUCUGGCAAAGUGUACAUUUGACCAUCUGUACAUUCAUACAAAAAGCUUCAUUUGAGUUGAUGAAAA